AUGAGCGUGUCCUUGAUCAACAAGGCAUUCCUCGCCGUUUUCGCAGUGGGUGUGAUCCUCGCCACCAAGCUGCGCCCGGCGGGCUACGGCGAAGAUACCUUCACAGACCCGUCUCUGAGGCACUCCUCGAACCUGGACGAGGCGACUGAGGGCAUCAACAAAAAGGCAUCACGACCGGAGAAUAUGUGCGAGAACUGCAAACCGUGUGCUGACCAGCUCAGCUGCGUGCGGAUUGUCGACGAUUUCUUUCAGAAUGCAGCCAAAGGCCAGCUAGGACUCAUCCGGACAUACCAGCAAUCCCUGUAUGCCGGUGAUUGUGCGAAUUGCGACCUCGCUGGAGACUUUGAUUCCCUCACCAAGCGCUGUGAUGUCUAUGACAACGCAGUUGCAGCGAUCUACCUGACGCAGAGGGGGAACUACGAAGCGGCGCAGGGCAUACUCAACGUCUUCCUUCGGCUGCUAUACCCUACGGAGUACGGGAACAUCUACCCUGAGGAGCUGUUCGGCAGUGCACCUUCCGGGCUGACUUUGCGUCUCCUCGCUGCGUCCUACGACUGUGACAUGCUCGCGGAGGCGUCUAGCUAUGCCUCGCCGACAGUUGUGGACAAGGCGGUGGACUCCGGCAACAACGCCUGGGCCGCCUUGGCUUUGGCGCACUUCGCGUCUGUGACAGGGCAAGGCUGCUACGGCACUGCCGCUAAUGAUAUUCUCGAGGCCAUCUCUGCGGCAGGCACCUGCCAUGAUGACUUCGGCGGAUUCUUGGCGCGCUUGCCUCCCACGCGGGUUCAUCAACGUGCCACCGAGCACCAGAUCGACAUCUUUGCUUUAGCAGGCAUGCUCGGGAACGCCGAGCUUCAAGAGCGAGCAUCGCGGUUCAUUCAGAAGAUGCACGGGCGGCACGAGGCCUACCCGGAUGCAUAUGCGCUGGGCACCGGCGCGCAAGUGAGGUGCGACACUGGCAGGUCACACUACGACCUGGUGCCAACCGAUGCGCAGUUCUGGAGCUUCCUUGCGGAGGCAGAUCCGAAUCACGGUGCGGUGGGGAGCGCCAUUAGCUUUUCCAUUUACAGCGACUGGCUCUGGGACACAGACGUUGACAAGCUAUCCGGCAAGGAACCGCCAGCUCACUUGCAUGGGACGAAAUUCACCUCCAAGGGCUUCGGGAUCCAGUGGGAGGAGACAGCCGGGGCAGCGAUGGCCCUGGCACAUUUCCUCCACCGACAUUCCGAUGGCAGUGAUGCAGAUUUCAUUCUGCAGCUGAAGUAUCGGCUAACCGCCAGCCGGCUGUCGCUCCGCACACUGCUGCAGACCUAUGGCGCAGUUCCGGCUUCCGUGCGUGGUGGAAACGGUCAGCAGUACACUCUGCACGAUUCCUACGGUCCAUUUCCUGGCGGAUCAGACACUGGCAUGGGCUUCUCGUACCUGCGGAUGAUCCACACUGCCAGCACCGCUUGGACGGGGCUCCUCAUGCUUUACCAGACCACAGAGGAGGACCCUGUCUUUGAGGCAGCCAACCCCAUGCUGAUUUCGGCGAAUGCUGCAGUUCCCCUCGGUGGAACCGACUGCCUUCCGCUGCAGGAGCCACCGGCCGCGGCAAUCUCCACACGAGAGUGCGUGCUGCGGGCUUCCUAA